AUGGUCCGACUUGGAGGUUCGAUCGUGGCUGCAAUCGCGGCUACGGCGGCCUAUGCUCAUAGUCACGAUGACGAUCCGGCACAGAAACCCAUGGUGUUGAGCGACAACUGCCAUCAUCCCUCUUAUAGCUCCCACAUCCUAUCCAAAUCGCCUCUUGUGAUCUACUUGUCCGAUUUCCUCACCCUUGAGGAGCGCACGCAUCUUACUGAAUUGACCAAGGGUACAUUUUCACACUCGGCCGUGGCCGACGGGACCGGCGCCGAGGGCCAGCGAAAGACGCGAACGUCCCAAUCCACGAACGUGCCACGCGACGAUAUCGUUCGCUGCAUAGAGGAACGCGCUUUGCUCUUCCAGGGAUUUGACGUCCCUCGAAACCACCUGGAGCCUGUUCAACUCGUCAAGUAUGGCAGAGGAGAGCGCUAUCACUUCCAUACGGACUGGUUUACAAAUCCCAUCCACGCCACUUCGGCGCUCGGUGGGAACAGGCUGAGCUCCUUCUUCGCCUAUGUGGCUGCCGAAAACAUCACGGGCGGAGGCACCAACUUCCCCAUGCUAGAUGCUCCGUACAACCAGAAAUGGUGUGAGUUCAUCGACUGCGACGAGCCGUACGAGAAUGGUGUGACCUUCAAACCAGUGGUUGGCAAUGCCGUUUUCUGGCAGAACCUGCAUGAGGAUGGCACCGGGGACCAGCGGAACCUCCAUGCUGGUCUGCCGGUCACCAGUGGUUGGAAGAUAGGGAUGAACAUAUGGACGCGCCAAGGGCCAUUGAGCAACGAUAUAAGACGACCUGACGUAUAG